CGGAAGUGCGUCAGAGAUUCAAAAUGGCGUCUCCCCUGUGGGUGUAGGAGCAGCGUGAUGUUCUUCAGUUCUACAGAAACUCGAAACGUUUAAAAUCAUCGAGUCUGUGACAGGAACGAGUUAUUCGGUCUGUAAAUUCGGGUAAUCCUCAUCUCUCAGCCAUGGCUGCGUUUAAGCCGACUAAGAUCCUGAGCUACCCCAAACUGGGAGAGCGCGUGACCGAGGAGACGCUCUACUGGAAAAACUACAAGGCCCCGGUGCAGAUAAAGGAGUUCGGCGCGGUCACCCGGAUCGAGUUUUCGCCCCAGCCUCCUCACAAUUACGUCGUGACGGCGUCCACCAGAAUCCAGGUGUACGGUGCUCACUCUCAGGAGCCGCUGCGCACGUACAGUCGCUUCAAGGACACGGCGUAUGGCGGGAGUUUCCGUGGCGACGGGAAGCUGCUGGUGGCGGGAAGUGAAGAAGGGCUCAUCCGUCUGUUCGACAUCGAGGGCAGGGUCGCUCUGCGGCAGUUCACAGGACACUCCAAGGCGGUACACGUGACCUCGUUCCUGUCCGAUGGUUACCGCGUGUUAUCGGGGUCUGAUGAUCUGUCGUGUCGGGUCUGGGACGUGGCGAGCGGAUCAGAACUCGGCUGUUACACAGAACACACGGAUUACAUCAGAGCCGCAACCGCCAGCAAACUCAACCCUGACGUGUUCAUCACCGGUUCCUACGACCACACGGUGAAGGUGUGUGACGGGCGGUUAGGGGGCAGCGUGAUGACGCUUCAGCACGGACAUCCUGUCGAGUGUGUGCUGCUUUACCCGUCUGAGGCGCUGCUCGUCUCCACAGGUGGGCGGUAUGUGAAAGUGUGGGACUUGUUGAAAGGAGGUCAGCCGCUCGUCUCUCUGAAGAAUCACCACAAAACCGUCACGUGUGCGUGUCUGAGCUCCACCGACAACCGGCUGCUCACAGGCUCGCUUGACAGACACGUCAAAGUGUAUAACUCCUCCUACAGAGUGGUGCACAGCUUCGAUUACGCAGCGUCCAUCCUCAGUCUCGCCCUCGCCCCUGAUGAUGAGAUGGUCGCCGUGGGAAUGGCCAACGGUGUGUUGAGUGUCAGACAAAGGAAACACGGUGAAGACAAACAGGAAGUGGUGGCCAGGAGGAGGCGGGGUCCCGCGUACAGGGUCUUCGUCAAGGGGAAAAAUUACGUCCCUAAGCAGGAUGAUUUCCUGGUGAGUAAAGCCAUGAAGCAGCAUCUGCAGAAACACGACCGACAGCUGAAGAGCUUCCAGGUGUCUAAAGCUCUGGACACGGCGCUGGAGACGUGGAGGCGGGUCAAUAAGCCGGAGGUGACGGUGGCGGUGAUGGUCGAGCUGAACCGCAGAGGAACGCUGAGGAACGCUCUGUCAGGGCGAGAUGAACAGAGUCUGACCACGCUGCUCAACUUCCUGCUCAAGAAUGUGACAGAUUCACGAUUCUCCCACGUGCUGCUCAUGGUGGCUGACGUCCUCCUCGAUCUGUAUCAUCAGUCCGUCCCUCAGUCUCCUGUGGUUGAGCGUCUGCUGCAGCGUCUCAUGGACCUUCUUGGACGUGAAGCAGAACUUCAGCAGGAGAUGAUGCAGGUUUUGGGAAUCCUCGACACGCUCUUCGCUUCUAUGGCUCCGAGGAAGGAGACGACGGCCCCGAGGAAGGAGACGACGGCCCAGAGGAAGGAACUGACGGCCCCCUCGGGCCUGCUUGCCAUCCAGGGGCCGCACUGACACGCUUACUGUCACAGCUUGUGUUUUAUAUGUCCAUAAAGUUUAAAAAAUGUGAAUAAAUGUUGUGUUUUUCCCUUGA